AUGUCACUUCACUAUCUCCCACCCGUCAAGCCCUCCGCCAUCGCCCUCGGCACCAUCUUCAACCACGCAGCCUCCCUCGCUGUUCUCGGCCCUGUCUUCGGCGACACCUACCACCGUGCCCAAGCCGCCAACUCAAAGGAGGAGUUCAUUAAGUCAAAGGAGGCCGCCUCUGCUGCCGCCGCUUGGGGAACUUCCUUGGUCGGAUCCGCCAUUCAGUCAUAUGGCGUCGGUGCUCUGAUCAAUGCUACCGGUACCCUCAGCUACAAGGGUGCUGCGUACCUUGGAUCCUUGAUCUUCAUGGCCAGCUCUGCUCCUUCGUUCAUCGCCCAAAUCUUCACUGAGAAACGCCCUCUUGAUACCGUUGCUGUUGGUGCGCUCGCACGUGUCUUCGAGACAGUAGGCCUCUCUUUGUUCCUCACUUACUGGGGAACUCGAACGAACCCCUUCGAGUAA